GUGAUCUACUUUCCUCAGAUCUAUACCUCUACGAUCUAUAUACCUCUACUCCACUCUUUUGGACGUCCUCCUUCCAUCUCACAAUGGCUGCCCCCCACCGUUUCGACCCUACCUUCACUGACCAGGUGGUCAACGCCAUGGGUCCUAAGACCCCCGAGCGUGCGCGCGUCAUUCUCGGUUCUCUCAUCCGUCACAUCCACGACUUUGCCCGCGAGGUCGAGCUGACCCCCGCCGAGUGGAUGACCGGUGUCGAGUUCAUCAACUCCAUCGGCGCCAUCAGCACCCCCAUCCGUAACGAGGGUCACCGCUGCUGUGAUGUGAUCGGUCUCGAGUCCCUCGUCGAUGAGAUCGCCAACAAGAUCGUCACCGAGCAGGGUCUCUCCCCCACCUCCAACGUGAUUCUCGGCCCCUUCUGGUCUCCCAACGCUCCCUUCCGCGAGCUGGGUGAUAGCAUCAUCCAGGACCCUCUUCCCAACGGUCGCGUGACUUACAUGCACGGUCGUCUGACCGACAUGGAGACCGGCAAGCCCAUCGAGGGCGCCGUCCUCGACAUCUGGCAGGCUUCCGCCAACGCCCAGUACGACUUCCAGGACCCCAACCAGAGCGAGAACAACCUCCGUGGCAAGUUCCGCUCCGACGCCAACGGCGAGUUCAACUGGUAUUGCUACCACCCGACGGCCUACUCGCUGCCCACCGACGGCCCCGCCGGUGUCCUGCUGAACAUCAUGGACCGUUCCCCCAUGCGCCCCGCUCACAUCCACCUGAUGAUCACCCACCCCGACUAUGCCACCGUCAUCAACCAGAUCUACCCCAGCACCGACCCCCACUUGAAGAUCGACUCUGUCUUCGCCGUCAAGGACGAUCUGGUUGUCGACUUCAAGCCCAAGACCGAUGACCCCAAGGCCGAGCUCGACCUUGAGUACAACGUCCUCAUGGCCCACAAGAAGCACCACCGUAACCCCAACUCUGCUCCCCCCAAGUCUUCCUUCGAGCGUGCGAUGGGCGGCAACAAGCUGUAAAGCGGUCAUUAUGAAAGAAUGGCUGAUGAGAAUUGGGAAGUGGAGAAAUCUUCCUGCUUCCCCACCCUUCCAUGUGUCCCUGAGACGAUCUGAUCUAGCAUUGCAUUUGUGGACUUAGCGAUCUAUUUUUGGCUUUUGAUUUUGUGAUUUUCCCCACCUCCAUUGUCAUUUGAGGUUCAUCAAUUCUCAUGUACUGUACGUCAAAAAAGAAUCAGAUGAGAUUAAAAUUUGAAUGAUAUAUAUACC